AUGCAUGGACCCAUUUCAAAAGAUCCGAUAGCUUUGUGUCUUCUCAAAUUUAGCCCAUUAGCACGUGUGACGAUUGUAAUUUUUGGCGCUGUGCUAAUACAUCUAUCUCUAGGAACAUAUCAUACUUUUGGAAAUAUGUUGCCAUAUAUGGCAUCAUACAUGCGUAACAAUACAGAUCCUACAAUCAAUCAUGAAAUAUUGGUUUGGAUACCUACUUUUCAGGGUUGUUUCCCUUUCGCGAUGAUCAUUGGUGGUUUCAUGAAUGCUAAAUUUGGCUUGAGGCUUUCCGCAUCACUAGGAUGUGCCAUCAUGACUGUUGGUGUUUUUUUAUCCUACUGGACGAUCAGGAGAUCAUUUAUAUCAUUUCUGAUAACGUAUGGAAUAAUGUUUGGAUUUGGGCAAGGAAUAGCUUAUGUUCUUACCUGGGCUCCAAAACAUGUCGGAUUUGUGACUGGUAUUGUAGCAGCUGGUUUUGGUAUCAGUUCAUCUAUAUUCGCUCCGCUUCAAACCGUUUAUCUCAAUCCUUUAAAUCAUAAACCGACUGUAUUUGCUUAUUUCACAGACAGAGAUGUUAUUGCUCGAGUACCAUCAAUAUUUUAUACUUUUGCUAUAGUCUAUGGAAUUAUGCAGGCCAUUGGUUUAAUAGUUAUUUGUGAUCCCAUUGAUGUGGAUAAACAAUCGGAAGCACUCGAACAGCAAAUUUCAACUUCAAUAUGGAACUAUUUUGAUGUUUUCGAAAAUAAACGUACUUCGAAUUCGGUGGAAGAUGAAGUGAUAAAUUUAUCACAGGAACAGAUAUCGUUGAGUCCAUUACAAGUGCUGCAAAGUUCAACCUUUUAUUGGUUGUUUUGUACUCUCUUCUGCUGCUCAUUUUAUGGAAAUAUGUUUUACAAUCUCUACAAGGCAUUCGGCGAAACAUUUAUUGAUGAUGAUAUGUUUAUAGCUUAUGCAUUUAGCAUAGCUUCAAUAUGUAAUGCUUUGGCUCGCAUAGGAUGGGGUAUUCUAGCCGAUCGUACUAGUUUUCAGGUAUCUUUAUCAACUGCUACUUUUUUGGUUACUCUGUUAUUGCUAACAAUGCCACUUACUCCAUUUCGUGGAAAAUGGAUCUAUUUCAUCUGGAUGAAUCUUAUGUUUAUAUGUCUAGCAGCUACUCACACUCUUUUUAUAACGGCAUCUGUUAAAUGCUUUGGAUUUGAUCACAAAUCAGCUAAUUAUGGAUGUUUAAUUCUUUCCACUACACUGAGCGCAGUAUUCUUAGCAGUCGGUUGUGAAUAUGUUCUAGCAGUUGUUGGAUAUACGUUUUCUUUCAUUAUUACGGCUGUUUUGGCUUUUAUCGGUACAGAUUGA